ACCGAGUGACCUUGGAGUGUCAGUGCUUCUCGAGCCCAAACAGGCUCAGAAUCUCGAAGCCUUAUUAUCAAAGGUCCUGAAGACGACUGGGGAUCAACACGAGUGGUAAAACUUUGUGUUGCAUCUUGAACAGACAGGCUGGAUCAGCUUCCGAGCCAACCUGCUCUUCCCGCCGUCUUCAUUGACUGUGCCGCAGCUUACUCAGUCGCAACCUGAUUCGACGAAUACGUCAGGAUCUCUUCGAGGAUGAUGGAAUACGCUCAAUAUCAGCAACAACCGCAGAGCGCACAUUCACAACCACACAUUCAGACGGGUUAUCCCAGCACCGCCGCCGGCAACAGCAUCACCUCUCCAUCAACUCAGCACCUCUCGCAGACAUCACCGAUCCUUCCGUCGCAGCAGCACCAGCCGUCGCCGACGCAAACACACAACAUGUACCAGGCACAGUACACGGUCCCCCAACAAGGCAUGCAUUAUGGCAUGCCCGGGAUCCAGGCUGCAGCCAUGGCUGCAACUGCGGCGGCGUCCGGGUCCUCCUAUCCCUACAUGGCAUCGGACCCAAGCCUGCAGCAGUCGCCUAGGAUGUCGGGGGUUAACGCGAAGAAGGACGCUAGGGCAGGGCCGCGGUCGCCGCAGCAGAUGAAUAGCAUGUCUCAGCAGCGGCGGCUCAGCCAGGUCGCGAGUCCCGGCGUUCCGACGGCGCCGACAAUGCUGAACCACGCCGGACCGCGCCCCGCGGUCCCCCCUCCCAUGACCGCCGCCCAGCAGAUGCCACCGCCGCAGUCGCCCGAGAUGCCGUCUGGGACGGUGGAGGAGUCGCCGCUCUAUGUCAACGCGAAGCAGUUCCACCGCAUCCUGAAGCGGCGGGUGGCCCGGCAGAGGUUGGAGGAGGCGCUUCGGCUGACUAGCAAGGGCCGGAAGCCAUACCUUCACGAGUCGAGGCAUAACCACGCGAUGCGGCGUCCGCGCGGCCCAGGAGGGCGCUUCUUGACGGCCGAAGAGGUCGCGCAGAUGGAGAGGGAGAAGGCGAACGCCGCAGGCGCAGGUGGCGAGGCAAAGUCGGAAGGCCAGGACCAGUCCGGUGCGAGCACCAAGACGGCGUCGGGCGCGACAAAGCGGAAGUCGGAAGGCGCCACUUCAAGCCCGCCAUCCAAAAAGACGAAACAAGCGGCGUCGUCGAGCCCCGAGGAUGAAGAGGACGAGGAAGAGUGAAUGAUCGAAGCGCCGGCUGGGCAGAAGCAACGAAGAUCGCGAAAACGAAAAAGCCACAUGCUGCUUGGGCUUCUAUUAUACCUAUACCCCGCUCUCCCACCUUGUCCAAGACAGGUCAUGAAGUUAUGACAAAACCGCCCGCAUCUUGUUUUAUCUAGCACCGAGAUGUUGUGCAAACAGGUGCAGUUUGGUGAGAACUCUUGGCGCGAAGGGGCGGGCUGGUGAGGCGAACUUGUGUUGUGGUUUGUGACUGACGUGUGCAUCUCUUCUUUUCCGUUUUUUGUUUUCCUUUUAGCAGAUUGGGAAACCUUUCUUCUCUCUGUGCAUCAACCAACACGGCUGGCUAUCGGGGCGAGGCGACACUCGUUUUUCUCUUGCCUUCGGUGCGA